UACUUCAUCACGUAAUCAACAUUACUUACAUGCAAAGCAAUGAAUAUCAUCCAAAAUUCAUUAUUACAAGACAGGAUUGAAAAAAGAAAAAGAAGAGCAAAGAAAAAGGUCUGUUUGGGGCACUGGCGGAGGUAGAUAUUCGAGGGUGGGAUAGCAGGUUUGUGCAAACAAACAGAAUCUGGGAAGUUGGGCGUGAAGGUGGUUGAUUCAGAAACAACGAACCCUAACAACAAGAAUGGAUGCGAAAUCUGUGGAGAAGACGCCCGGAAUCUUGAUCGUCGGAUCCUCCUCCGUCGGUAAACGUACUCUCCUCUCCCGGUUGCUUUCUGUGGAUUUUGAAGAUGGUGCUGAUUCCUCUUCUGAAAUUCUUGUUCAUGGGUGGACUAUCAACACAAAGUACUAUACAGCUGAUGUUUCAGUAUGGAUGGCCCAUCUUCAUGAAGGGUUUUCGAUAGGGAACCUGCCAAUGCUUGACCAGUUGGCUGCUGUGGUCAUGGUUUUCGACAUGAAUGAUCUGUCAUCUUUUGUUGCACUUCAAGAUUGGGUUUCUCACACUGAUAUUCAAAAUUUUGACAUAUUAUUAUGUGUUGGGAACAAAGUGGAUCUUGUUCCAGGCCAUUCAGCUCAUGUGGAGUACAGAAGACGACUGCAGCGGCUUGGUGACUUGUCUGCUGAACCUUAUUUAGAGUUCUCCGAGUAUGGAAUAUCAGAAACUGAAGGAAGUAGUUUGUUAGGGGAUGAAGAAUCACCAUGGGAGAUAAGCAGGUCAUGUUUGGAGUGGUGCAGCGAACGCAACAUUGAAUACAUUGAAGCUUGUGCAUCCAACGCCGAUUUUGACAAAUGUUUGUCAGUUAAUGGUGAUUCACAAGGAGUUGAUAGAAUCCUGGGUGCACUUUCUGCUCAUAUGUGGCCUGGAAUGACCCUGAAAUCUGGUGAUAAGAUAAUGGAACCAUCAUUGCCUGAAAACCAAGAGUUGUCAGAAGAAGAAUCUGAUUAUGAAAUUGAGUAUGAAAUCCUCUCUGCUGGUUCAGCUGAGCCAUGGGAUGACACAGACGAGGUAUGGGUGUCUGCAAGUGGCCCUACUGCAUCCACAAGUACAAGCAGAUCACUCACUCAGAAUGUUGAAAUCGAAGAACAUGAUCAAGAGAAGAAAAACAGAGGCGAUGCAAGAGAGCUUCAAGUCUCAACAUCAACAGCUCCAUCACAGGAAGAGAUUAAUGGGGAGAUGGUACCCAAAGUGAAUGAAACUGAUGAAGCUGUGGAGGUAGAUGAGGGUAAACACCUUAAAUAUGAAGAUCUUGAACAGUUGAUGUCUGAGAUUGGGAACAUGCGUGACAGCUUGAGGUUGAUGCCUGAUUUUCAAAGGAGGGAAAUGGCUGCAAAUCUUGCCAUGAAAAUGGCUACCAUGUUUGGGGACGGCAGUGACGAAGAGGGAUUUGAUGGAUGAAACCAGAUGUUACUAUGAAGAUUAACUUACUGCUCCAAAUGGGAAUUGCUCAUGGCCGUUCAUUAAAUUAUCCAGAGGGAGGUGAUGAACAAUUUCAUUUACCUUAUUGAAACACAUGGUGAUUGAAAAUUUUGUGUUACUUUUGCCUUUUGCUUCUCUGUUUUACUGUAGAAAGUUGUUUUGAGUUUGAAUCCAUGAGGCUGUGCCUUGAUUUAGGAAAAUAGCUGGAAAUUCAGGUAUAUGUCUUAAAUACAUUUUGCUCUAGAGAAUGGGAAAUUAGCUAGCUGGCUCUUACAUUUGCA